CAAAUAUCGAUUUGAAGAUGAACGCUUAUCUGUUUGCGUUGGUUAUUUUAACCACUUUAAAAAUAAACUGGGGUUUCAAUUUAGCCAUUGCAGACUAUGAAAAUCCACGGAGGGACUACGAUAAGAUGACAGAUGAACCUUUUGUAGAAGCUAAUAAGGGUUUCGAUUACGCUGUUGCAAACGAAGAUCCGCGGAGGAGCUACGAAGAAAUGACAGAAUUUCCUUUUGCAGAAGCUAAGGUGAAAUACCAUCGCUCUCGCUACUGCAUUACCGCCUUCGGAGAUACUAAUUGCGUUCGUAUGGAAGAGGAACCCGGGGACGCCGCAAAACUGGCGAAGCUCUACAGAAUAGUAAUGUCAGGCUACGACAGCAAGGCUUUACGCACCGGCCAAAACAUGAAGUCUAGUAUCCGCUCCAUUUCCGACGUUCUAGGCCAAGAUUUCAACAUGAACGCACUGAAGAAACUUCUCCAACCCAAAAGAGUUCAAAGGAAGAAUGUACAACCGGGAAUGAAGCAAGUUCUACCGUUUUUCAGAGAGUUGCCUACUAAGAUGCAUCAGAAGAUUGGUCUGCAGAAGUUUAUAAAGCAGAAGCCGCCCCAUGUUGCCCCUGUGCCUAGGAGGAGGGGGCAGGGGGGUGCCGGGUCCAUGAUCGACCCGUUUUCUAUGACUAUGAGCUUUAACCCGAUGCGUAGGGUCGGUGUGGUUGGCAACUACCCGAGCGAGCGGAAAUAAAGUUGAUUUUUAAUUUCAAUAAAGGAAAUAUCAUGUG